AAUGCUCAUAAAUAUUUUUUGAUCCGAAAAAGUUAUGGCAUGUUGCAGACCAUUAGGGUUCUUGAUAGGCCUUCCUUUUGCCAUUCUUUCCUUGGUUCUCUCCUUCAUUGGUGCUCUUCUUUGGAUCUUUUGGUCUCUUUUGAGCUGCAUUUGCCCUUGCUGUGUAUGUUUUGCUGUACUUUCAGAUUUGUCAAUAAGCCUUUUGAAGCUUCCCAUCGAUGUUAUGGAUUGGUUCGUUAGCUUAAUUCCUUGUUAGGGUUUUUAGAGAUUGAAAAUUCCAGUUUUAUUCAUGGGAAUUCAAAUUAGUUAAUAUUGUUUAUAUAAUUACAA